CAUACCCACCGGCUUACUGUCAAUUUUAAGACGCCGUUAAUAUUUUAGCGUCAGUCGCCUACGAAGCCGUUAAUAUUUGUCGACGCAGGGUUCUGAUUUAUAGUUAUUUAUUGUAAAUAUUUGUUUAAUUUUUUAAACAAUGUAAUAAAUUGAUCUAAGUGAUAAAAAAACAAUGAACUGUAAUGCAGAACAUCAUAUACAAUACGAUUAUUGCAAAACACGCCUCAAAUACCGGCAAGGACGAGAAUUAAAAGCAGUAAAGGUCUAUACAGUGGCUAGUGAAUCACAGAAUUUGCUUAUAUUUGGUGUGCCAAAAAUCAAUCUAUUGCAAGAAUUAAAACAGCGUCUUCAGAGAUUUGAAAAAGAAAAGAAUGAGUCCACCAAUCAAUAAACAUAAUUGAUGACGCCAAAGCUUAGAAGAAUAUAUUUUGCAAAAGAAAAUCCGCAUAAUUUUAUGCUCUAGACAUAUUGUCUACACUUAUUUUGUUGGUUUCAUACAUAUCUAUACUUAAUUUGUAUACAAAAAAUCGCCAUUUGUUAGCUCUAAAUUGGAAAAAUAAAGGUGGAGGUUGGCAACCAAGUUGGAAAAUACAGCAUAGAAGUAUAGCAGUAGUAGUAGCAACAGCAGCAGAUGGAUUGGAUGUAUAGAUGGAUCAAACGAUAUAGAAGUGUAGAAAGACACACACACACACACACAAACACAGAAAUUCAUAUAUAGGCUUUAAGAGUAGAAAAACGCAAACUUAUACCCAUACACUGAGAAAAAAAUAAAUUAACAUAUACACUCAACUAAAGCUCACACACACAGAUACUUGUCAAAUUGUAGAUAGAUGAAUGAGUAGAUAUGAAUACACACAGCCACACAAAUAAUAUCUCCUCAUAUAUAUAUUUAUAUAUUUAAAGAUAAUUUCAGACAUACUUAUAUAUAUUUCAAAAAAAAACUGUUAAGCAGUCACAUUUUUUUGUUAAA